AUGCUUGCUUUCUCAAGUAAAAGGCUUUUUGCUUCUAACUUUGCCUGCCUAUAAGAGUAAUUUGAUUUUUUGGCUAAUUUAUUUUUAAUAAUAAGGUAGAUCUAUAAUUGUGUUUGUGCACUAUUAGUCAUAUAUGAAAAUAUUUUAUUUAAGCAAAUAUAUUAUCAAUUUUUUUCUUACUUUCAAAUUUUUUUAAAAUAAGCAUUUUCCAAUAAUUUUUUUUGUUUUUCAUAGGAGAGAUAAGAUAUUCAACUCAUCCGCCGAAGCUGUGGCUGACAUGAAGAGUGGAAUGGCAGUCAUGAUAGCAGGCUUUGGGCUGUGCGGAGUCCCAGAAAAUCUGUUAAGAGCAGUUCACAACUUGAAAAUCAAUAAUCUCAAGCUCAUCACCAACACUUCAGGCACUAAUGAAUUUGGGCCUGGACUCUUGAUCAAGGAUAGGAUGGCUUCAAGUAUUCACUGUUCCUACCUAGGAGGAAACGAAACCUUGGAAAAACAGUAUUUGAAUGGCGAAAUUGAGCUUGACCUCAUUCCUCAAGGAUCGUUGGCUGAAAGACUUAGAGCAGGCGCAUGCGGCAUUUCAGCUUUCUACACCCAUACUGGUGCUGGCAGUUUGGUUGAAGAAGGAGGCUUUGUCCAGAAGUUUGGACCAGGAGGGAAAACAGUAGAGAAGGUCUCUGCCCCAAGGGAGGUCAGAAUCUGGGGAGGUAAAAAAUACAUCCUCGAAGAAGCGCUCAGAGGAGACGUUGGCCUUAUCAAGGCUUGGAAAGCAGACACUGAGGGCAACUUGAUUUACAGAAAGACUGCUAGGAAUUUCAACCCUGACAUUGCUGGGUCUUCAAAAAUUACGAUUGCAGAAGUCGAAGAAAUCGUCCCUGCAGGCACUUUCGACCCAGACCAGAUCCAUACUCCUGGUAUUUUCGUUCAUAGAAUCGUUAAAGGUGAGUAUUUCGAAAAGCCAAUUGAAAGGCUGGCUCUUAAUACUGGAGAUAAAAUCCAGCUUCCUGGGACUCCUGAACAAAUCAGGAAACGUGAGAGAAUUGCUAAAAGAGUUUCCAAAGAAAUCAAGGACGGAAUGUAUGUGAACUUAGGUAUUGGAAUGCCAACCUUAGUGCCAAACUACUUACCAAAGGGCAUCAAAAUUGUGCUACAUGGUGAAAAUGGACUGCUAGGAAUAGGGCCAUACCCGAAAUCAGGUGAGCAAGACCCAGACGUUAUUAAUGCUGGCAAAGAAACUAUCACAAUGGUACAGGGCUCUUCAAUUUUCUCAAGUAGCACUAGUUUCGCUAUUGUCCGUGGUGAUCAUCUUGAUUUAACUAUUCUCGGAGGCCUACAAGUGUCCCAGGAUGGAGAUCUCGCAAACUGGAUUGUCCCAGGCAAAAUGGUGAAGGGAAUGGGAGGAGCGAUGGACUUAGUUGACAGCCACUCGAAAUGCAUUGUCUGUAUGGAGCACACUUCUAAAGGAGCUCCAAAGAUCCUCAAAAAAUGUUCUCUCCCACUAACAGGCAAGAAAGUUGUAAGAAUGCUUGUGACCGAGUACGGAGUUUUCGAAUUCCGAAGAGACACUGGAAUGACUCUAGUUGAAAUUGCUAACGACAUCACUCUUGAUAAACUGAAAGAAAUUACAGGUGCCCAGUUCUACAUUGGAUCUGAUUUGAAGAAGAUCGAAGAAUAA